AAAAGAACUAGUUUCAAAACAUCCGUUGACCUACAUUCUCACGUGUAUCCGAGUGUGUGUGUUGAAGUGUUGUAAAAUCUUACACAACUGUCUUCACAGAGUUACACAUACUAUUAAGGUCAUAAAUCAUUAAAGUUAAACAGCAUUUGAAAGGGCAUUAAACAGAAUGCUGGUUUUUGAAGCAGACACAAACAACCUGGCAAUAUGUGCCAUAGUGACGGUUGCCAUGCAAUUCUCCUUCUUCUUGGUGGCUUGUACAUGCAAGUUUGAUAAAGUGACAGACUUUGCUGGGGGCACUAACUUUGUGGUUCUUGGACUGCUUACUUUUCUUCUUGCGGAGACUUAUCAAUGGCGGCAGAUAAUGGUCACUGUUUUCAUUACGGUGUGGGGCCUCCGUCUCUCCGGUUACCUGCUGUACAGAAUCAUCAAGAUUGGGGAGGACAAGCGGUUUGACGACAAGCGGGAGAACUGCCUGGCCUUUGCUGGGUUCUGGAUUUUUCAGGCAUUCUGGGUGUUUACUGUCAGUCUUCCUGUAAUAUUCGUGAAUGCUCCUGACAGUGCCACCUUUCUGACACCCUCUGAUGCUUGGACACCACAGGACAUUAUUGGGGCUAUUCUGUUUGUCACAGGGUUACUCAUAGAAACCUUUGCAGAUUUUCAAAAGUUUGGAUUCAGAAAUGAUCCAGCAAACAAAGGCAAAUGGUGUGAUAAAGGUGUAUGGAAAGUGUCUCGCCAUCCCAACUACUUUGGGGAAAUCAUCAUCUGGAUCGGAAUGUUCAUCAUCAGCACCAGUAUAUGUGUGGAUGGGAAGUGGGCAGGAGUUCUCAGUCCUCUAUUUACCAUGGCAAUCCUGCUUUUCCUUAGUGGAAUUCCUCUGUUGGAGAAAAAAUCAGAUGAGAGAUACAGAAAAAACGAGGAAUACUUGCAAUACAAGAACAGGACCAGUCCCUUGGUUCCCCUACCCCCUCCCUGCUAUGGCUGUCUCCCAAGGGCCUUCAAGUGCCUGUGUUGCUGUGAGUUCCCCCUAUACAACUAUCUAGACCCAGAGGAUGAAAGAAUCAGCAUCAAACCCAGCAAUGAGGAACCUUACAAUGAAAACGCCAAAGUCUAGUAUCUUUGUAAAAGUUAUGUUUGUAUAUUCCUAAUUUAAGUGAAUGUAUUGCUGCAUUUUAUUUCAUUUUGCAAAAUUACCAUGUAUUUAAAAUGUGAAUGAAAUGUAAGGAAACUACAUGUAGUUAGCAAGUGACAUUCAACAUUUUUGUAUAUAUAUAUAUCAUUGACAUUCUUUUUAUUUUUUUACCAAUUCAUGAAUUAGUGUUUGAAAAAAAGCCCACUUAGUAUAUAUAUCUUUGUAAGUUUAUUUUAUGUAAUCAUACUCGUCGAUCAUUUUGUCUCAAGUCAUCAGUGGAAUCCAGUUCUCAAAUCUUUCCAAUUUCUAUUAACAUUAUAUCUUGUGUACAAAACAAGUUAAUACCAAUGUUGCUGGUUACUGUGAACACUAAUGCCAUUACAUGUACAUGUAACAAGCCUGUGGACGUACAUUUUUUGGUGCUACUUAAAGGACAUGUCUCUGUACCUACAUAGAUGACCAUACCUCAGUAAAAACUAAUGGUAUACAUUCUGUUUGGGUCCUACAUAAAGCCAAGUUAAGGUGAUUGAUGGUGCUAGGGUGUGUUUUGUUUUAUUGAGUCUUGUUAAAGAAUGUUGUUUGACUGGCAUGCCCAUACAACUUUGUUAAGUUGCUGAAAAAAUCACACCUUUUUGAUUGAAGAAAACCAUUUAUUAAGUUAACUGUUUAAUCUUUAUCUAUAUUGGUGUGGUGUGUUGAUGUUUGUUAUGUUAGAAGUAUUUUUAUAUAAUUCACAUUUGCUGAAUUAGAUCACCUCACAUUGUGGAGUGUGUCUGUUUGUAUCAUAUAUGUAAUCCAUGCAUUUCUUUUCAUGUCAAGUGCCAUUUCUUACAAAAGACCAAGCAGUUCAAUUGUACAUUAUUUGUUUGUAAAAUUUUUAACCAAAUUUUUUCACAUUUUUGGGAAGGGGGAAGUUUAAAGUGUAAGACUAUUUCAUGCACAUCUUGAAUAAGAAAUUAGUAAGAUAUAUGUACAAGCCGAUGAACAUGUAACCCAAAUUCUGUUGUUUGAAAUAUGAGAUCAUUACUAUUUUCCAAUACAUGAAGACCAUCUACCUCCCUAUUCUCUUGAUUAUAGUUUUAUUAUAAACAACUAAUAGAUCUACAGGUACUGAUUUUAAGAAACGUAAUACAUUGUUUUAUCAAUUUUAUACUGAACAAAACUACCACAUUUUUCUUGUUUUGUAAAAUUGUUGUAAUAAAAUUUCCUGCAAAAAUGAGUAAAAA